UCUCUCUCUUACUCUCACAGUGACUAUUCGUCGGAGAGCUUCAGAUCUAGAUAAACCCUUUGGAUUCAAUAUCGAUUUCGGAAACCUUUUGACUUCACAAGAAUGGCAGUGACAGAAGCUGAAAAUCCUCUUCUUGGAGAAAUCACUUGUGGCACCUUACUACAGAAGCUGCAGGAAAUCUGGGAUGAAGUUGGUGAGAGUGAUGAGGAACGAGACAAACUGCUUCUUCAGAUUGAGGAAGAGUGUCUUAAUGUUUACAAAAAGAAAGUUGAGCUGGCAGCAAAAUCUCGUGCAGAGCUUCUUCAGACCUUGUCCGAUGCAACUGUUGAACUUUCCAACCUCACAACUGCUCUCGGGGAAAAAAGCUAUAUUGACAUUCCUGAUAAGACUUCAGGAACGAUCAAAGAACAACUUUCUGCAAUAGCACCUGCGCUUGAACAACUUUGGCAACAGAAAGAGGAAAGGGUCCGAGCGUUUUCUGAUGUACAAUCACAGAUUCAGAAGAUAUGUGAAGAGAUCGCUGGCGGUUUGAACAAUGGGCCUCAUGUGGUCGAUGAGUCUGACUUGUCUCUGAAGAGAUUAGAUGACUUCCAGAGAAAACUCCAAGAGCUCCAGAAAGAGAAGAGUGAUAGGUUACAGAAGGUGCUCGAGUUUGUGAGCACGGUGCAUGAUCUAUGUGCCGUUCUUGGUUUAGAUUUCUUAAGCACUGUCACUGAAGUUCAUCCGAGCUUAGAUGAGGCAAAUGGUGUUCAAACCAAGAGCAUUAGCAAUGAAACACUUGCGAGGUUGGCUAAGACUGUCUUGACUCUUAAAGAAGAUAAGAUGCAAAGACUGAAAAAGCUUCAAGAGCUAGCUACUCAGCUAACUGAUCUAUGGAAUCUGAUGGAUACUCCUGAUGAGGAAAGGGAGCUUUUUGACCAUGUUACCUGUAACAUUUCAGCUUCAGUUCAUGAAGUGACUGCCUCUGGUGCUCUUGCACUUGAUCUGAUCGAACAGGCUGAGGUGGAAGUGGAUAGGCUUGACCAACUGAAAUCUAGCAGAAUGAAGGAAAUUGCAUUCAAAAAGCAAUCUGAGCUUGAGGAGAUAUAUGCUCGUGCUCACAUAGAAAUAAAACCAGAGGUUGUUCGCGAGAGGAUCAUGUCGUUGAUUGAUGCUGGAAAUACUGAACCUACUGAGCUACUGGCUGACAUGGAUAGCCAAAUCGCAAAGGCCAAGGAAGAAGCCUUUAGUAGAAAAGAAAUUUUGGACCGAGUCGAGAAAUGGAUGUCAGCUUGUGAGGAAGAGAGCUGGCUCGAAGACUACAAUCGAGAUCAGAACAGGUAUAGUGCAAGCCGAGGUGCGCAUUUGAAUCUCAAGAGAGCUGAGAAAGCUCGGAUUCUGGUCAGCAAGAUUACUGCAAUGGUUGACACAUUGGUUGCUAAAACCCGGGCAUGGGAAGAGGAUAACAGUAUGUCUUUUGAGUAUGAUGGCGUUCCUCUGCUCGCCAUGCUAGACGAAUACACUAUGCUUAGGCAAGAACGAGAAGAUGAGAAGCGGAGGCUGAAAGAACAGAAGAAGCAGCAAGAACAGCCACAUACAGAUCAAGACUCCGCCUUUGGGUCUAAACCAAGCCCAGCAAGACCCGUUAGUGCCAAGAAACCGGUGGGAACACGAGCCAACGGAGGAGGGCUCAACGAAACUCCUAUUAGGCGUUUAUCAAUGAACUCAAGCCAGAACGGAAGCAAGUCCAAGAGAGACAGUCUGAACAAGAUAGCUUCACCUUCGAACCUUGUAGCCAACACAAAAGAGGAUGGUGCAUCUCCAGUCUCUCUUGCUGACCCAGUCAUGGCUUCACCUUGGCAAUCAGAAGCGCGUCAAAUAAAGGAAAAUUUCUUUAGCUUUUGUCUUAACAAAUCAAUCGGAGAAAAAGCUACGAAGCUCGAGAAGAGAGAAUCUAUGUCGAACCCAAACGAACCAGCCAAGGCUCUUCUGCCUUACCUACAACGUGCCGAUGAGCUGCAGAAGCAUGAACCACUUGUUGCUUAUUACUGUCGGCUAUAUGCCAUGGAACGAGGAUUGAAGAUUCCGCAGAGCGAGAGAACUAAGACCACCAAUUCAAUUCUCAUGUCUCUCAUUAAUCAACUUGAAAAGGAUAAGAAAUCAUUGAAUCUGUCCCCAGAUGACAAUAUGCAUGUGGAGGGGUUUGCACUAAGUGUCUUUGCAAAGGCAGACAAGCAGGAUCGCGCAGGAAGAGCUGACUUGGGCACUGCCAAAACUUUUUAUGCUGCGACAAUCUUCUUUGAAAUUCUGAGCCAGUUUGGCCCUGUACCUCCUGAUAUAGAGCAGAAGCAGAAGUAUGCUGCUUGGAAGGCUGCUGACAUAAGGAAAGCCAUUAAAGAAGGAAGGAAGCCCACUCCAGGUGAUCCUGUUGAUGAUGAUAAUGAUUUAUCCAUCCCAUCAAGCGGUCCUAGUGGCUCCUAUGAUCACGGUGCAAGUGAUUCCAACACAUCAAGUCAUCAUAGAACAGAGCCUGAUCUAUCUCAUGACUCGAAUGAUGACUCCAGCCACCAUCACUUCCCUGAAGUGCCACAACACCCUCUACCUCCCAGGUUUCAUGACAAUCCUACCAACGAUUACCCCACGGAUGUCCCGCCUCCACCACCGUCUUCUUACCCUUCCAACGAUCUCCUUCCCCCUCCAACAGGACCAUCAGAAUCGCCUUACCAGCAUCCUUACAGUCAUCAACCAUACCACCAAGACCCGCCACAACACAUGCCGCCACCACAAAACUACUCAGCUCAUGAGCCUUCUCCAAAUUCUCUCCCUAAUUUCCAAUCUUAUCCUAGCUUUAGUGAGAGCAGCCUCCCAUCCACUCCUCCCCACUACCCUUCUCAAUACCAAAACCCAGAACCUUACUAUUCUUCUCCGCAUUCCGCACCUGCUCCUUCUUCCACAAGCUUCUCCUCUGCUCCUCCUCCUCCACCUUACUCAUCAAACGGGCGUAUCAAUAUUGCUCCUGUGCUAGAUCCUGUACCGAGUCCAGCUCAGAAGUACCAUUACGACAGCAGCUACCAGCCAGGGCCUGAGAAGGUUGCAGAGGCACACAAGGCUGCUAGAUUCGCUGUGGGAGCUUUGGCUUUUGAUGAAGUCUCGACUGCUGUAGAACAUCUCAAGAAGUCACUUGAGUUGCUAACAAAUCCAUCGGCCCGUACCGGUCACUGAUUUUUAUAUUUAAUCUAUUGUAUGAAUCUUGGGGUUGAUGUUAGUGCGUGUGUGUGUGCUCACAAUCACAUCGUGGGUUUGUUUAUUAACUUUUCAGGCUCAGACUUCGUGUACAAAGAAAAAUUGUGUGAAUUAUUCUUAUUAUCAUAAACUUUUCUUUGCAACUUAGUGUGCAUACAUAUACAUAGGCACAAACAGUAAUAAUGAAUGGAGUUCCAA